AUGACGAUGAUGAUGACUGGCCGUGUGCUGCUGGUGUGUGCCCUCUGCGUGCUGUGGUGCUGGUGUGGUGGUUUUGCCGACGAGGCGGGUGCUUCUGCCGGUGGAGGGAACGGUUUGGGGUACACGAGUAACGGCGUAAAUGACGGAUCUUCGAAGGCGGACUGCGGGUUGUUUUUUACGUCGAUGGGAUUAUUAAAGGCGGUUGAAGCUGGCGACGACAAUUUGCCUUUGACUGAUAAGGUGUCAUCGGAGAUUAAGGAGGUAUCAGAUCUUGUUGUUUCACAAAAAGGUGUUGACGGCGGCCCAUUGGCUGGUGCAAAAGAGGGAAAUGGUGCCGCAGGUGCAGUAACCUCACCGCCUGGACCUGGAGUAUCAGAGGCAAAUGAAGGGGAACGGCAUUUAGAGGUGCUUGGACCAAAAGGAGAUGAUGAACUUACAAGAGUUUCUGCUAGCGGUGAGGCAUCUAAUUCGCAAAACCAAACCGCUCAUCAACCGGUCCUUUUAUCCGACAGCAGUGACACUCGUCCUGGAGAAGUGCUCCCUUUGAGUAAUUCCGACAGUGCUUUAAUUUACAAGGACCCGCUGAAGAAAGGAGAUGUCGAUUCUCGCGAUGCCACUGUUGGUGACACACAAAAGGUGGAAGAAUUGAAAGAAGAAAAUAAAGAAGAGGAAGAAUUAAAGGAAUUUAAGGACAGGGCGGAAUCCGAGACACGCAAAGAGGGAAAAAAAGAGGAGGGAACGCCAACAAAAAUAUCAACAGCACAACCAACAGCAUUGGAAAGAGCACAAAGACCGGUAGUGAAAUUGAAUGGAGGAAAAUCGCCAGAUGCAGUUCCGGAAGGAGACGCAAGCCAAACAGAAUCAGAAGAUGCACAGGCCUUGACGCAUCAGCAACAUGAAAGCUCAUCGUCACAAACAGAAACGAAGUCCGAAGCACCGGAACCUCCUGCGACGGAUGGUGUGCCACCACAACAAGUUCAAGACACAGUCACGAAGGACUCGAUGGAGAAUGCAACUGCCACCAAUCAAGCGGAAACAACAGUAUCACCCAACUAUACAAGUGGCAGUGGUGAAGUCCGGAGUACGGCGGAUGGGAAUGACCCUCAACGGCCCAACCCCAACGAACCACACGACGUACUUGAAGGUGUUGAUACCAACGAUGCUCCUACACUCAGUGAGGCAGCACCUCAAACAGAAGAAACAGCCGCAGCCGCCAGAAUAAAUGGUACGGCAACACCUGGCGACAGUGACGGCAGCACCGCGGUCUCCCACGCCACCUCCCCUCUUUUGCUUCUUCUUGUUGUUGCGUGUGCGGCUGCGGCUGCGGUGGUGGCCGCGUGA